CCCGCACGUCCCCGGCAACCCCGCUCCCCCCGCACGCCCCAGCUGCGAACGCCCCCGGUCCGCGGCGCCGCCAGCCCGCCCUGCACGGCUUCCCGGUGUUUCCCCGGCCGUCAUCCCGGGGCUCGACCCGCGGCCCUUCCCGCACGGUGCCUCUCCUCCCCGGGGAUGCCCCGGCUGCCGGUGUGGAGCCUGUUGCCGCCGAGGUGGCGAGCGCUUCCCGGAUAGASCUGGCCUCAGCCAGGGCACCCCUCCCCAAAGACCCACAUCCCGGCGCUGCCUCUGCCCACGCGUUUGUCUGCGUGAUGGAGCAGCCUCCGCUGCCCGCCGGAGCAUGGCCAGGGCCCCGGCUCUUUCCUUCCCCAUCGCUCCUUCCUUCCGCCGGGCUCGCAUCUUCAGCACCCGGUGGCCCUGCCGGGGUCGCUUGCCAGCAGCGUGACCCUACACCGCAGGGUGACAGAGCACCCCGCGCCCCUUCUCCUUUCUCCGAGGGAGUGAUGGUGCCAUUGUGGUCGCCCAGCCCUCGGCUGCCGUCGCUCCAGGCUCACCCUCCUCCCUGCUGCCGAGCCCGUUUUCUCCCACAUCACGAUAAUGAGAAUUCUGACGGGUGCUUACGUGCCUGCCUGCGAGCACCCAUGGGUGCUGCUCGCUGCUCACUGAGGGGGAGACCCGUUGACAUUCGAUGCUUGGCCCUAUGUGACCAAGCUGUCACCCUGCCCAAAGGGCAAGAGUGAUGGUUGCCAUUUGCCAUCACCAGCCCCCUGGCCCUGCACUGCUGUUUUGGGGUGCCACCAUUCCCUGAGCCUCCCUAGCGGCUGCGAGGCCAGCGAUGGCUGCGGUGCACGUGCUCCUGUGAGCGCCACGUGCCGCAGGCAACCGGCACCUCUGCGUGUCCCUCCUUGUCCCCGGGUCACCCUCCUGUGUGGCGGCACAGGGAUGAGCUGCCUGGACUCGGCAGCCAAUUUAGGGUGCACUGGGUGGGCAGGAGAAGGGGGUCCCGCUGGGCACCCCAUGGUCUUGAAGAUGAUGCUGUGGGACCACAGUAUCCGUCUCCCGCCCCAGGGUGCCCAGCGCUGCCGUGGGCGAUUCUAGGGGGGUUGUGCAGGUUGGCAUCCAUGGGGGUGAUGGUGGGGGUGCAUGGGGUGCCAGGCACGGUUCCCCCUGGCUGCGGGCGCUGCGGCGCACGGUGAAGCGUGUCGCCAUGGGAACGGGGCGUCCACGUUUCCGUGUCGCUCACGCUCGCGUCUGUCUCGUUGCAGGGCCCCCACCCCGGCGGUCCCCCCCCAGCGAUGGGCAGCGGGACCCCGCCAGCCCCGUCCCCCCGCCGCCCGCCCCGCCGGCCCCCCGCCCCGCCGCCCGCCCGGCGCACCCAGGCCUGACCCACCCGCUCCAGCCCCCCCCAGCUCCAUGGCGAGGACGGACCCCUGACGGCAGGCGCGCCCGCGGGCCAGAGGAGACGGCGCCGGGCACGGCCCGGGGAGAUGCCCUCGGCGGCCCUGACAGCAUCGGGUCCUCCCUGACCCUGCCGCCGCCCCGAGCAUCCCGUCCCCCGUCCCGAGGGCAGGGAGAGGCGAGGGCCUCCCCCCGGGGCCGGCUGCCAAGAUGCUACCUGCGGCGGCGGGUGAAGCGGCAGCAGGAGGAGCGGCUGCGGGAGCAGAGCCUGCGCGCGUUGGAGAUGGAGCCGCUGCACUACGAGGGUUACGGGGGCAGCCCCCCCGGCAUCGCCAUUCCCCACCGCCUCCGCCUCGAGCCCCACCAUCACCAUCACCACCCCCACCACAUCCCGCCCCCCCGGCCCUGGAGCUGCCGGCACGGGGUCCGGGGGGGGCUUUGCCUUGCAGAGUCGGACCUGUCCAAGCCGCCGUGCUACGAGGAGGCGCUGCUGAUGGCGGAGCCCCCCCCGCCGUACAGCGAGGUGCUGAUGGACACGCGGGGGCUCUACCGCAAAAUCAACGCCCCUUUCCUGAGCCAUGAGCGGCUGGAGAAGCAGGAGCAGCCUCCCAGCUACAAACCCCUUUUCCUGGACGCCGGCUACGGUUCAGCGCUGCACCUGCCGCGCUCAGCCAGCCCCGGCCCUGCCUGCCCGGACCUCUACCUGCAGCAGGAGUGCUCCCCACGCAUGUUUCCCAGCUGGACGGACUCGGAGCUCAGCAGCAGGGACACCUACGACACGGGACCCUGGCACCUCCCGGUCUCCAUGCCUCUCUUCGGCAGGACUACCGCUGUGUAACGGCGGCCGCGGGGGACGCCCGGACCUUGCUGUGCGCCCGGGGAGCGGGGGGGUUUCGGUUGCUCGUGUCACCCCAGGGACACCCGCCCCGGCGCGGGCCAUCGCCGCCGGCGCGGAAGGGGCUGGUUCCCCGUCUGGCCCCCGCCGGCCCCACCAUGGCCGGGGGCGCUGGGGACCCGGACUCUGCUCUGUUUCUUAAAUUUUUUGUUUGUUACAGUUUGAGAAUAAAAGUUUGUGGCUCGGG